UCAGAAGAUGGCGGAAAGCGAGUUGAACGUGGAUAGUCUUAUCUCUCGGCUCUUGGAAGUGCGAGGAUGUCGUCCAGGGAAGAUUGUCCAGAUGACUGAGGCAGAGGUGCGAGGCCUGUGCAUCAAGUCCAGGGAGAUUUUCCUCAGUCAGCCUAUCCUACUGGAACUGGAGGCCCCCCUCAAAAUCUGUGGUGACAUCCAUGGGCAGUAUACAGACCUGCUGAGGCUUUUUGAAUAUGGGGGUUUUCCUCCAGAGGCCAACUACCUGUUCCUGGGGGACUAUGUGGACCGGGGAAAACAGUCCCUGGAGACCAUCUGCCUGCUGCUGGCCUAUAAGAUCAAAUACCCUGAAAAUUUCUUCCUCCUGAGGGGCAACCACGAAUGUGCCUCCAUCAACCGCAUCUAUGGCUUCUAUGAUGAAUGCAAGCGCAGGUUUAACAUCAAGCUGUGGAAAACCUUCACUGAUUGCUUCAACUGUCUGCCCAUCGCAGCUAUCAUAGAUGAGAAGAUCUUCUGUUGCCAUGGAGGCCUCUCUCCUGACCUGCAGUCUAUGGAACAGAUCCGACGGAUCAUGAGGCCAACUGAUGUGCCUGAUACAGGUUUGCUGUGUGACUUGCUGUGGUCAGACCCAGAUAAGGAUGUGCAGGGCUGGGGGGAAAAUGACCGGGGUGUAUCGUUCACGUUUGGAGCAGACGUGGUCAGUAAAUUCCUCAACCGCCAUGAUCUGGACCUCAUCUGCCGAGCACACCAGGUCGUAGAGGACGGCUAUGAGUUUUUUGCCAAGCGACAGCUGGUCACUCUGUUCUCAGCCCCCAACUACUGUGGAGAGUUUGACAACGCAGGGGGCAUGAUGAGCGUGGACGAGUCUCUCAUGUGUUCCUUCCAGAUUCUGAAGCCUUCUGAGAAGAAGGCUAAGUACCAGUACGGAGGCGUGAACUCUGGUCGACCCGUCACCCCUCCCCGCACUGCCCAGGCCCCUAAGAAGAGGUGAGCGUGUGGCCCACUCUACGCCACCCGCUUGCUCACCCCCCCUGCCCCGCCCGCUGCGCCCCCUCACCACCUCGCCCCCACCUCCUCCCCUCCAGAACCCCUUCCCAUAUGUGGGAGCUUCUAAACUGGCCCCACCCCCCUUUUAUCAUCUCCCACCCAACCUCAGCUCCUUUCUUAACAUUCGUGUACAUAAAUUUUGCUGUGACCAGUUGAUAUCUUUCUUUUUUUUUUCUCUCUGUUUGUCUGUAUUUUUAAUAAUCUUUGUGGGGGUUUUUUCUUUCUCUCCCGAUGGCUUGAGUUGUAGCCAUGUUCCAACUCUUGAGGUGCAAUGAUGUUAUUAACUCCAUGGUGAGCUGCUUGAGUUUUUUUUGUUGUUGUUCUUUUUUUUUUGGUAACGGAGGCAAUGGCAAUGAGUUAGUUUGAAUUCCUGCCUUCAGACUGAACAGAGAGAAAUCUUUUUGUUUGCCUUCAACAGUCCUAAUGCAGUGAGAACCUCCAGAGCAGACUGACCUUCUUAUGUUCUACUAUAACCCCUCACACACACACACUCUCAGAUAGCCUAGAGAGAGUAAGAUGUUGUUCAGCCUCAGUAGACUCAGAAACAUCUCCAUCAGUCUAAUGGGGUGAGUCGUGACUGAAAAAGGUGAUGGAGGGAUGGAGUAAAUACGAAGGGAAAAAAGAGAGAGGAUAUUUUAAUGCAUUUGGCUGUAUCAGAGACUGCCAAUGGCAGUAUUAUACUUGUCUUAGACAACAGAAAAGCCGUGAGUCAUGACAGAUGAGGAAACCGAUAUAAGUCUAUUAUAAAUCUGUAACAAACAUUCAGUCUCAUGCUGAAUUACCUCUCUUCAAAUGAAUGAAACUAAAAUGUUAUGAAGGAAAUUGCACAUAAUUUACAUGAAAGGAAACAUGAAGGAAGGGAAAAGGGAAUGUAAUAGGCGCUCAAAUGGUCGUACACGCUCACUGUGCAUUAUCUCACACAGCUCUGGAUUUUGAUAUUUGUACAUAAUGGGUAAAUAAAUUUAGCCAGGACACCCAAUGUCUGUGAGAUGUUAUGGACGUAGUUGGUAGCAAACCAGAAACUUUUCACAUCUGUUUUUGAAUGUAAUGGGUAUGUGGCUUGAUGGGUUAUUGUAUUUAUGUGAGUUUAAAUAUUAAAGAACAAAGUGACAUUCCACUUCGUGACAACUUUGCAUGGCCAAGGAACAUAUCUGUAGUAUCAUUUGCUUUCUUAAACACACCACCUCAUUUAAGACUUUCACGCAGUAAAAUGAGCCAAGAUGAGAGUGAGGGAAAGGGAGAGGAAGAAGUGAGGAAGGCUGUUGGUCAAAUGGCUCAGUGAUAUAUUUGGUAAUGGCGCCUCCUGUUGAUUAUAUAGUAUUAUUGCACCAAGAUUGAUUAUUCUCAGAUAUUUUGCAGUAAGGUGCUCGAUCAUUAAUCCCCUCUAAAUGACUUAAUCAGAAAACAAAUUCAGCAUUUGUGCUGACCAGCGGUACUGAAGAUGCCUAUUCCACAGGAUAUGUCCUACCAUUGGCUGAUGACUGUCAGUCAUACCUGUUACAAAGACAGGCAAAUUUAUGUGGAAAUUGUUGCCUCAUAUUGAUCUUUGUAGUAUUUUUUUUUAAAUGUUUUUAAGUUGCGUGUUUUUGUUGUUUACUGUUCUUUCCUUAAUUUAUUUCCAAAUGUUGGGAAACUGAAAGUGUUAUAAAGUCAGUUUUGAGAUUUGUACAAGUGGAUUUCAGACUCUUUGAAUUCAAUAAAUGGAAGAAA